CAUCGAUCAGAUCUGAUCUUUUUUGCCUCUCCCCUCCUCGGUGGCUCGCCAUGCCUUUUGCGCAACUGGUCAUCGGACCCCCCGGUGCGGGCAAGUCUACCUACUGCAAUGGAAUGCAUCAGUUCCUCGGGGCGAUUGGCCGCAAAUGUUCGAUUGUGAAUCUGGACCCCGCAAAUGAUAAGACGUCGUAUCCGUGUGCGCUGGACGUCCGCGACCUCGUCACGCUGGAGGAGGUUAUGAGUGAAGAUCACCUGGGUCCGAACGGAGGUAUUCUGUAUGCCAUGGAGGAGGUGGAGGAAAACUACGACUGGCUGGAGGAGGGGUUGAAAGGGCUCGGAGAUGACUAUGUUCUUUUUGAUUGCCCGGGUCAGGUUGAGAUCUUUACGCACCAUUCGUCGUUACGCAAUAUCUUCUUCAGAUUACAGAAACUGGGAUAUCGAUUGGUCGUCAUCCACCUAAUUGACUCCUACAACCUCACCCUCCCGUCGAUGUUCAUAUCCGCCCUCCUGCUCUCUCUCCGCGCCAUGCUCCAAAUGGAUCUCCCUCACCUCAACGUCCUGACCAAGAUCGACAACCUCUCAAACUACUCGCCCCUCCCGUUUAAUCUAGAUUUCUACACCGAAGUCCAAGACCUCUCAUACCUCCUUCCGCAUCUAGAAGCCGAGUCUUCCCGCCUGUCACACGAGAAGUUCGGACCGCUUAACAAUGCCAUCGUUGAGCUCGUGGAGGAAUUCGGGCUGGUUGCGUUCGAGACGCUGGCGGUUGAAGAUAAAAAGAGCAUGAUGAGCCUGCUGCAUGUGAUCGAUCGAGCCAGCGGCUAUGUGUUUGGCCCUGCGGAGGGUGCCAAUGAUAGUGUCUGGCAGGUCGCGGUUCGGGAAGGACUGGGGACGAUGGAUGUUCGUGAUGUCCAGGAACGGUGGAUCGAUGCCAAAGACGAGUAUGAUCAGAUGGAGCUCGACGAACUAAAAGCCGAGGCGAAGGCCAAAGAGGAGGCUGCGCAAGCUGCCCAGGCGACGGGUCAGAACGAUGACUUCGGCGAUGAUGAUGACGAUUUCGCCCGAGGACCCAUCCCCGACGGUGGUGUGAAGGUGGUGCGAAAAUCAUGACAUGAAUCCGAUUCGUUUCUAUACUAUACAUGUGUAUCAUAGGGUAUCUCUAAUGACUUAAGAAAACUUCGCCC